AUGUCAUCUGAGGAGUACCGCCAAUUCUGGUCAGGAUUCAUUGAUCUGUACCGUCAGAAUGAGUGCCUGUGGCGUGUCCGAAGCCCGGACUAUGCCAACAGAAUCAAGCGGAAUCUGGCAUAUCAGCAGCUUAUUGAGUACAGUAGAGGCAGAAACUCUGAUGUCGAUGUGAAUUGGGUGAAGAAAAAAAUUUCAAAUUUCCGAACAGUGUUCGUGAAGGAACGCAAGAAGGUGCAAGAUUCACAGCGAUCCGGAGCCGGGACCGAUGAGGUCUAUAAACCGACGCUAUGGUACUAUGACCAAAUUCAGUUCAUUAUAGAGCAAGAGGCGUGGGUAAGGUCACGGGACGCUCUAGAUCCAGGGUCUCCAGUUCUUGUCGAAGAGGAGGCCCAGGAGAGUCUGGAUCUGGAUGCUACCCCGGAGCUGGAGGUGGAGCCUACCACAGGCCAAGGGGCAGAAGUGGAGGAGCCGGUAGCAGAGAUGGUGGCACCCCCACAGGCGCGCCCAGGAAGACCGAGGCGCACGGCAAGGAGGAACGCUUCUGCCCCCUAUAGCAACCCCUCUGUCUCCCAGCAGUUUUUUCAACGCGCUGAGGAGGUUUUGCAUAGCCCCCGGAUGCCGAACAACAAUUUGGCAAUUUCAUUGCAUCGGAGAUGCGCCUGA